AUUCGAGACUUACUGUAUCUAAAACGUUUGAAUCGUUUCCAGUACGGAGUUGCAACUCGGUUCGGUGCCAACGGUUUUGUUUGUUCGUUCGAAGGAAAUUUUGCUAUACGCGUUACAUUUGCAAUGGCAACAACAGUAAUCGUCGGAAGUCCUGCUGUGGGACCGGAUCCCACGACCAUCACAUGUCCCUCCUGCCGGGCAACGGUAGUGACACGGGUUGACUAUGCUAGUACCACCAAGACGCAUCUCUGUGCCGGACUGCUGUUCCUGUUCAUCUGUUGGCCAUGCGUAUGCGUUCCAUAUUGUACCAAGUGGUGCCGAGAUGCGAACCAUUACUGUCCCAACUGUAACGCCUUCAUUGGAUCACACAAAAAGUGAUUGGACCGUACCUUAAACUAGCCUUAAACUGGAACAGUAUCUUUUCAACUCAACUAACCCAAUAAACCACAGUAUGAAAUUAUAAUUUAAAUUUUGUAAAUAUGCUCAAACUAAAUAAAAAUAACGACUUCUAACGCAAA